AUGGAUGUCUCGGUAAUUAUUGAAGGAGGAUUCUUGUGUAAGACCGGAUCUCUGGGGUGGAGUGAUGUCAAAGAUGUUCUGGAGUUCGGCUUCCGCAUCUUGGGCUUCGAUAAAGAUAUUUUGGAUGACGUGGAUGACAUUAUUGUGGUAGAAGCCGAGUCCGAGAAUGUUGUGGGGAAUGUGAACUUAUUGGGUGAUGAAAUCGUAGGACGAGAUGGUGCGCGAAUGCCGGAGGUUGGUUGUAAAGUGAGAUUGACUGCAUCUAUGGAUAGUCGUGGAAUAUGGAGAAUCAACAUAUUAAACCUCGACCAUAAUCAUAAAACCAGUCCAUCAAAGUCGAGGCUAUAUCGAUGCAAUCGAGAGUUGAGCACACAUGUUAAACGACGGCUAGAAGUUAAUGACAUGGCAGGAAUUCCCUUACACAAAAGUUUCAACUCUACAGUAAUCGAAGUAGGUGGAUACGAAAAUAUGACAUGCGUGGAAAAAGAUUGUCGAAAUUAUGUUGAACAAGUUCGGCGUCUAAGACUUGGAGAAGGAGACGCCGUAGCAAUACAAUCCUACUUUUCGAAAAUGCAAGCUACUUGCUCCGGGCUUUAUUUUAGUAUGGAUUUGGAUGAAGAUUCGAGACUAAAAAAUGUGUUUUGGGCAGAUAACAGGAGCAGACAAGCUUAUAAGGAGUUUGGUGAUGUUGUCACAUUCGACACCACGUACCUCACCAAUAAGUAUGACAUGCCGUUCGCUCCUUUUGUUGGUAUUAAUCAUCACGGACAAUUGACCUUGCUCGGAUGUGGGCUUCUAUCGAAUGAAGAUACAGAUACAUUUGUUUGGCUAUUUAGGACAUGGUUGCAGUGUAUGCAUGGUGAAGCCCCCCAGGGUAUAAUUACCGAUCAAGAUAGGGCUAUGCAGAAUGCAAUUGAAAUCGUGUUUCCUUAUAUGAAGCAUAGAUGGUGUUUGUGGCACAUAUUGAAAAAAUUACCAGAAAAGUUUGGAUAUCACGUCGAUAAAGGUUCGAUUUUCCAUACUAUACACAAUUUAGUUUACGAUUCACAAUUUAUUCAAAAUUUUGAAGAAGGUUGGAGGGUAAUGAUCGACACAUAUGAUUUGCAUAAUAAUACCUGGUUGUCGGGGCUUUAUGAGAAUAGAUCUCGGUGGGUUCCAUGUUAUUUCAAAACCAGUUUUUGGGCAGGGAUGUCGACAACUCAACGCAGUGAAAGUAUGAACGCGUUCUUUGAUGGGUAUGAAAUGGAGAAACAAUUUCAAGCCGUUUAUACCAUUUCAAAGUUUCGAGAAGUUCAAGAAGAGUUCACCGGGAAGCUUUAUUGUGACUUAAUAUCUACUUCAGAGGGAAGUUUGGGGACAACAUAUGAGAUAUGCGAGGAAGAGAUAAAUGAUGAGCGAUCAAAGAAAAAAACAUUUGUCGUCUCUUUUCAGAAGGAAGACUAUGAAACUGUUUGCAGUUGCCACUUAUUCGAAUUUCGAGGCAUAAUAUGCAGGCAUAUGAUUGCAGUAUUGAUCCGUAAUGAUGUCAAACAACUACCGGAGAGGUAUAUAUUACGGAGGUAG